CAAACCAUCUCACGCAAAAUUAAGAAAAAUAGCUUUCCAUGAAAAUGGCAAUGCUUUUGUUGGUAGUUUUAGUGGCACGUUUUGCAACUAGCCAAGGUAUUAUUACCGAGGCAAUCAUCCUCAGGCGACAUUGCAGACCAAAUUGCCUGAGUUGGCGAGUAGCCAAUGAAGCUAAUAACACCAUUGGAUGGACUAAAUUUCCCACUGGGUGCAUCGAUUACGUAAAGGACUACUUGGUGGGCAACCAUUCCCAAUAUAGAGAUGAUUCACAGCUAGUGAUUGAUCAGGCUAUCGACUAUCUCAAAAAUCUCUCUCUACCAAAAGAUGGCACUAAUGAUAUUUGGGUCUUCGACAUCGAUGACACAGUUCUUUCUAAUGUUCAAUAUUUCAUUGAUAUAAUUUCUGGGUCAGAAUCAUGGAAUUCCAUACUGCCGGCGAACUGGGUUUUUACAGUUCCGGAACUAGCACAGGACCUAGCACCGGCGUUGCCGGAGUCCAAGAGGCUGUACGACGAAGUGUUGAGACUUGGGGUUAAGGUUGUUUUCUUGACAGGAAGAAGUGAGGAAAACAGAAAUGUCACAGUGGUUAAUCUCGUUGCAGAUGGAUUUGGCACUUGGGAAAAGCUCAUACUAAAGAGUGACGAAUUCCAAAACUCAACCACGCUAGAGUACAAAUCAACAAUGAGGACAAGACUGGAGGAACAAGGAUAUAUAAUUGUUGGCAAUAUUGGUGAUCAAUGGAGUGAUAUAACAGGACCUAGUCCAGGCAGAAGAACUUUCAAGCUGCCUAAUCCAAUGUACUAUAUAGCCUAGUCAGAGAUUUAAUCUCUGUGUGAAAAGGUUGGUCCGAGAAUUAUCUUAUGUUAUCUGAUUGCAUUAAAAAAUAAUUAAGUGUGUGCUAAUUUAAGGAGGAUUACUUCUUUAUUGGCUUUUACAAAAUAAAUAUGCAAUCGAUGAAAAAUAUUAAUGAUGUUCUUGCAGCUCGUAAAGCUUGUCUAAUGUACUCCUCGGUCCUUCCUAAUAUAUACUAUAUAUAUUCAUAUAA